AACGGGGAAGCGCCGUGGCGACUGGUCUGAGCUCUAGCCCUCCACCGCCGCCCAUGGCCAAUCGGGGAGCACCACGACCACCACCCCUCCCCGUUAACUCCCCUGCAGACAGUUUCUCUCAUCCAUACCCCUUCUCCCUCUACUCCACUCUCCCGACCUCAUCCUUCCCCUCCUCACCUUGCAGCUUCCGGAAAGCGAGCGGCGUCCGUCCCUUGCGGUUCUGGAUCGACGAAAGAACGCCCGUCCUCUGCUGACAGUCCGGUAGCCCGCUGGCGCCGCUCCGCCAUUCUUCUGAAAUGAGAUGUCUCGGAGUAGCUGUUCAGUCAGGCCACUGUGUCGAUGUGCCUGGUCAUCCGCUGACACUCUGCCGCGCACUUCAGUACCACAACUUCCACUGGAUGCCCAAGUACACCAUCUACCUUCAUGAUCGUCAAUUUGGCAUGGAGGACUAUGUGGCCGAGGUGCUGAUCCAUGCAAGAGAAGCGGACAACGACAACGGCCCCUACUGUUUCCUGGGUCACGGCACAAACAAGGAGAUGGCCAUCCAACAAGCUGCUCAUGUUGCCAUGGCACGUCUUCGCCAUGACCUUCCUGAAAUGGCAGAAGGGCCAUUAAAGUUUAUGCCGGCCCUUUCUUCCAGUGGCGAGGUUUUCUACCCCAACAACUUCAGCCCGAAGGACAGUCCCUCUACCGUGGCCAUGGUCCAGGCGGUGCACUCUAAGGAUCGGGAAUAUCAUGCAUACCUGUACGAGUUAUGCGAGGCUCGUCGCGCCCUCAAAGCUGUCAAGACCUUGGCGUCUCUGUAUGGCCUUCACUCCCCGGACGUGGGGCAUGAGGACCUCCUCGAUGGUGCUGGAGUUGCCUCAACUUCGAGAUUUCGCAUUCCUUCCAUUGACAGAGAAGUGCCAGAUGUCGCGAGCCUAGCGGGCCAGCAUCGGGGUGUCCCUGUUCAACCAUGCAACCAGGGAUAUCCUAGAUCUCCAGAUCACUGGGGGCCAUCUCAUGGCUACUAGCAGAGUAUGCUCUACUAAGGAGUAGGAGUAGUAGAUGUGGACUCACAGAUAUAUCUUAGCUUGUGAGCUGCGAACCUAUAUGAGUAUGAAGUAAUCCGGGGUACUGUAGUGAGUUUGCUUAAGUAGAUAGGGCUGGUGCAAGGGGGUUUUCGUCCCAUAGUCUGGCUUCCAGAAUGCGGCUGGACAGUGGAUUUCCCCCUAGUGCUUCGAACUCGUUUAUCAUUUUUUCACUUUUUAUUAGUACUUUUUCUACUGGACAUAUCUUGUCUCUGUUGUAAUGGAAAAAUGGACUAACCCGUUCGAAAAAUAAAAUCUGGGGUAUGAGAAUCUGUAUAAA